AGAUACACCAUGACAUUUUUGUUAAGCUUUGUUUACAGACAGACUUCAUAACGUUUUUGCUUACUUUUUAGCCCGCAGAAACAAUGACAGUGCUCGUGCUACUGCUGCUGUGCCUGACUCCCUCCACGGCAGGUCAUCAAGGUCACCAGGACAAUGGGGGCACCACCGUCACUGAUUUCCAUGACCCCAAGGUCACACAGGACGAGGCUCAUUUGAAGGAGCAUCUGAAGGACCAGAUCAACACGGAUCGCCAGAUGACGCCACAGGAGAUGGAGUUUCACUACUUUCGGUUACACGACACCAACAACGAUACUAAGCUGGACGGACUGGAAAUCUUGUCGGCACUGACACACAUGGUACCCGCGGUGAAAAUUAAAGACAACGAAAAGUUAGGCAAGACGGGGGAGCAAAUACAACUGAUGCAACAGCAACGGUCCGAACAGGCUGUCAAAUACUUCACAG